AGACGAGCUUCAGGGAAAAAUGUGUGCAGCAAAUUUCUGAUAAGACAAAAGUUGGGCAAAACUGGUGAUGCGAGAGAGUGCUGUUAGGAACUUCGGUUGGGAGCGAGAGUGCAUGCUGUUGGGAUUCGGGAACUCCGGUUUUAUUAGCAGAUAUUCAAGCAUGUCUGCGCAGCUGCUGGUCGUUUUGCUCGUCUUCACCUCGCUGUGUUCCGCAUCUGAGCCCGACUGCAAGGAACUUAUUAAACCUUUGCAGCUGGACAACCACAGCCCUGUCUUUGGGAAAUGGGUUCUCCAUGUGAGCUCAUGGGACGAGCCGGGCCUGAAGAGCGACCUCGUGGCAGUGAACAGCUCGUGGAUUGAAUUGUCACCAUCUGCACAAAAUGGGGUCAUCUCCCUCUACUGGGCCGAUCAUCUGAACGACGGCAAGUGUCUGCAGGGGUCAGCUGAUGUCACUGUCUCCGGAAUGACCAGUCACGCCACCUUCAACAUCAACAACCACACUUCCUAUCAUGAGGGCAAAUACUAUGCAACCUGUGCCGACUGCCUCCUGUCUGAAGACACCACCCUCCUUCCGGAUGGCAAAUCUAUGGGCCGAUACCUUUUCCUCUUCACCCGAACUGGCAAACUGGAGCCAUCUGAAUUGGAGACCUACAAGAAACAAGCUUCGUGUCUUAAUUUCCCCGAGGAGUUCUACUUUAUGAACACUGAUCUAUGUCCAGAUGAAAGAAAGGCUGAAGGGGGAGAGCCCAGUGUUUCAACGAAGUAAAAUGUUGCACCAACUUGUAGAAGGCUUGACAAAUAUGUCAUACUAAACCAACUAAAUGUUCACAAUCAACCUUGUGCAAUGCAAUAACCUUUUAGACAUGUAAAACAUGAUAAUUUCAUCUGCAAUUUUGAGUGGUUAAUAAACGAAAUUCUAAAUGCUCCUUUGGGUAGAAAACACUGGUUAGUUGUAGUUGAAUAAAAUGAUGCAACUCUC